AUCUGUUUCUUGUCUGGUUUCGGUUUGGGUAUGUUUAAUGGCGUAUGGGGCUUUGCCAGAGUCCAACAUACAGAUAGAAUUGAAGCUAAAAUGACACAGAAUCACAAGCUCUAUUUUCAUCAGAUUACUCAUAAGUCAUCAUUCCGCCAUGGAUUCUGCUUGGAAGUCUUUGAGUGAACAGCUGUCAAUCAUUUCCUCCGAAGGGGAGAAAUUGCAGACGACCUUCAGAAAACUUGAGCAGAAUAUCAAAGUUACAACAGAUAGACUUAAAUCAGAUAGUAAAAGAACUGGAAUCGACCAAGCCAAAAAUGCUUACCGCUCAAACUUAGAACAAUACAUUGAUGAGCUUUUGGGACGACUGAACGACAGAAAGCGGGAAAAUGAAAGCCUGGAGAUGGUAAUAAAGGAACUUAACCAAAAAGCUUAUGAAUUAGAAGCGGAAGCGGCCUCCCUUAAAAUCGAACUGGAAAAUCUUAGGAAGGAAAAUAAAACCCUAAAAUUUGAAGUUACAAAAAUUAAUUCGGAUGAGAGAACUUCUUUGAAGAAAGCAAU